UCUGACAGCUCUGUGAGCUGCUUCUGGUGCUGUUACUCAACUUAACAGUGAAGCUGACAUUUAACUCGUCACAGCACACUGUUGCUGCUGAAUCCAUUUUUUUCUCUUGGACUAUCAUAAUUAAGAAUCUUUAAGAGAGAUAAGAUCAUGGAGCGAAAGAUCGGUGUCAUAUUGAGCUUCAUUGGUUUGGGCACUGUGUGGCUGCGCUCCUUCCCCUGGCUCUGCAGUCUGCUGGUGGGGCUAGGGCUGUGCUUGGUCCAUAUGGGAUCUUGGAAGAACAUUCAUAUAGCUUUGCAUACUGUUAAAAGAGACCUCAUGUGUUUGGCUGUUAUAAUUAAAGUGAGAAUUUCCAUGUAUCACCAUCGUCGAAACCGAAGAACCAUCCCUGCCCUGUUUGCCCAGGUAGUGACACAACACCCAGACAAGCCCGCCUUGAUAUAUGAGGCCACAGGAGAGGUUUGGAGUUUUAGAGAGCUACAGGAGAGAUGCCACACUGUGGCCCACUGGGCCUUGGCUCAGGGCUGGACUGAGGGUGAUGUGGUGGCUUUGUACAUGGAAAGUCAGCCUUUAAUGGCAUCUUUAUGGCUGGGUUUUGCUAUAAUAGGUGUUGAGGCUGCUCUUAUCAACUACAACCUUAGACAGCAGUCAUUGCUACACUGUCUCAGUGUUUCUGGAGCUCGAGCGAUGGUGUUUGGAUCGGAGAUGACUGGAGCUGUAACAGAGGUGAGUAGCAUGUUACAGCCCAGCAUGGUUUUGUUCAGCACUGGUAAGCAGGAAGACAAGGAUGAGCUUCAGGUUCAGAGUUUGGACUCUCUGCUGGCCCGUUCACCCACACACCCACCACCCUGCAAGAUAAGGAAAGAGUUUAAUGACAGGCUUUUCUACAUCUACACUUCUGGUACAACAGGAAUGCCAAAGGCAGCUGUAGUGGUGCACAGUCGGUAUUACCGCAUCGCAGCUUUUGGUUUUCAUUCUUUUGGCUUACGUCCUGAUGACAUCAUCUACAACUGCCUUCCUCUCUAUCAUUCUGCAGGGAACAUCAUGGGUUUAGGCCAGUGUUUGCUCUUUGGUUUGACUGCUGUAAUCAGGAGGAAAUUCUCAGCCAGUCACUUUUGGGAUGACUGUGUCAAACACAACUGCACUGUAAUCCAAUAUAUAGGAGAGAUCUGCCGUUAUCUGUUGGCCCAGCCUGUUGGAAAAUCAGAGGCUCGUCACAGGGUCCGUGUUGCCAUCGGUAAUGGACUCCGUCCCUCGGUGUGGGAAGAGUUUGUCAAGAGAUUUAGAAUCCAAAGAAUUGGGGAAUUUUAUGGCGCCACAGAGUGCAACUGCAGCCUGCUCAACAUAGAUGGAAAGGUCGGGGCGUGUGGCUUCAAUAGUCGCAUCCUACCAAAUUUUUAUCCCAUCAGACUGGUCAGGGUGCAGCAGGAUAGCAAGGAACUACUGAGGGAUUCACAAGGCCUCUGUAUACCCUGUGAGCCAGGAGAGCCAGGCAUGUUAGUGGGACACAUCAACCACACCGAUCCGCUCAGAAGAUUCGACGGUUACGCUGAUCAGGAUGCCACCAAAAAGAAAGUCGCUCGCAAUGUGUUCAAGAUGGGAGACUCUGCUUAUAUUUCAGGUGAUAUACUGGUGAUGGAUGAUUAUGGCUACAUGUAUUUCAUGGACCGCAGCGGCGACACUUUUCGCUGGCGAGGGGAGAACGUUUCCACGACAGAGGUGGAGGGAGUCCUCAGCAAACUACUGGGACACACCGAUGUUGCCGUCUAUGGAGUGUCUGUGCCAGGUGUGGAAGGGAAGGCCGGUAUGGCAGCAAUAGCUCAGGAGGGAAACCAGUUGGACCUUGAUGCAUUCUUGAUCGGUGUACAAAAAGCUUUGCCCUCCUACGCACGCCCUGUCUUCCUUCGGUUCAUGCCGUCUGUUGACACUACAGGUACUUUCAAAAUUCAGAAGACACGGCUGCAGAAGGAAGGAUACAAGCCACAAAACUCGAGUGAAAAGAUUUAUUUUCUGAACAGUCGUGCUGGACAUUAUCAGCCUGUCACUGAUGAAUUAUAUGAUGCCAUCAAUGAAGGGAAAGUGUCUCUUUGAAAGAAGAAGGAGCUAACAAGGCUACUGCGUUAACACAACUUACUCUGACUGUGUUUUUGAUAUAGUUAUUUUGUGUUUGUUGUUUUUUUAAGAUGAACAUUAAGCUCACCUACCUGAAUAGAUUUGAUGCAUCAUAUACAU